UGUUUUCAUUUCCAGAUUACUUUAUCAAUUCCUAGAAUAAUAUCCACCGUACACACUCGCCGUUACUCAGAAUAACGGCGGUGCUGCCACCAACAAUUCUCCUUAUACAUUAAAUAAAAAUGGAAGAAUUAACGAUAGCAAAAAAUAAAAAAUGGAGUAGCACUAGCAGUAGUAUAUUAAUAAUAGGAGUAACGAGUAAUUUAGGCUUUGAAGUAGCCAAAGCAAGUCUCCAUGCAUCUCAUCCUACAUUUUGUCUUGUCAGAUCUUCUUGUUUCUCUGAUCCCCACAAGUCUCAAAAGAUUCAGCUUCUUUCUGAUUCCGGCGCCGUUAUUCUUCAGGGCUCAUUGCAUGACGAAAAGAGUCUUGUCGAAGCACUUAAGCAAGUAAAUGUCGUGAUAUGUACAGUAAAUUCGAAACAAGUCCUUGAUCAAAAGCCUCUCAUUUCCGCCAUCAAGAAAGUUGGAUGCAUUGAGAGAUUCAUUCCUUCAGAAUUUGGAUCUGAUCCCGAUAGAAUGCAUAUAUCCAAUAUGGAUCAAGGCUUUUAUUCAAGGAAAUCCGAAAUUAGACGCCUUGUAGAAGUCGAGGGCAUUCCACACACCUACAUUUCUUGCAACUUUUUCAUGAGUUACUUGCUUCCUUCUCUAGUUCAGCCAGGCUUGAAGGUCCCUCCAAGGGAUAAAGUAACCAUAUUUGGGGAUGGAACUGUCAAAGGUGUUUUUAUGAACGAAAGAGACGUGGCUGCAUUCACAAUUAGUACAGUAGACGAUCCACGCACUCUGAAUAAGGUGUUAUAUCUGAGGCCGCCUGGAAAUGUCCUCUCCAUGAAUGAACUAGUUGAGAGUUGGGAAUGCAAGAUCGGGAAGCAGCUUGAGAAGACUUAUGUCACUGAAGAAGACCUUCUCAAGAAGAUCAAAGAAACUCCAUAUCCAGACAACAUGGAAAUGGUUUUCAUAUACGCGGGAUUCGUGAAGGGAUUUCAGACAUGUUUUGAUGUAGAGGCAUCCGGAGGAGUGGAAGGGACAUCAUUGUAUCCUUACCUGAAGUAUACCACCAUAAGCAUGUAUUUAGACACCCUGUUAUGAUUCUGUAAACCUCAAUAUUAGUUUGGAAGAUCUGUUAAUAUAACAGAAGUAAAACUAAACAAUGUUGUUAUAGAAUGUUUGUACUAUUGAUUGAAAAUAUUUCUAAUAAUUAUUUAGUUAGAAGGA